UGGCAAUUCGUGCUGCAGUGGUCAAGUGAAAAUUUUUUCUUCUCUUCGUAGCGUUUGUUAACUUUUCCUAUUGUUUUUAUGUUUAAAUGCGUUUGCAAACAAUCGUUUCAACAAAAUAGUGCAUUUGAAUGAAACAAAAUUCUAUAAAAAUUAAAAGAAAAUUUGUAGAAAAUACGAAAAAAUCAAAGUGUGCAAUUAGAGGCGUGAGGCAGCUAAGAAAAUGCGCAAUUAUAAGUGCAAAAGUGUUCCCAAAAAUAGAAGAAUUAAGAUGUCCCGUGGAUUUUGAAGAGCUGAAAUAAACAAAAAGGGUAUAAAUUAGACUGAAUUCAAGAAAAGGUAUCGUCGAAAACGAUAUAGCAUAAAAAGAAUAUUGACACUAUUCAUAAAUUUGAUGGGCGGUAAUAGUACAACAAAUACAUUUACCGCUGGUGGUUACAUAGGUCCUGCUAGUGGAAGUAGCGGUGGCGGCGGAAGCAGUGGGGGCGCAGUUGGUGGUGAUCUCAUACCAAACAUGAGUGCCGCUAGUGGUGCGUCGUAUGCCUAUGGCACUAGCUGGGAGGAGUUUUGCGAACGACAUUCUCGUGUGGCUGCUGCGGACUUUGCCAAAGCCUGUAUUGGUUACAUAAAUGGGAAUCUUCCACCCGAAGAGGCGCGUAGUAUUUCAUACCGUUGUUUUGGGCAAAAGUUCGCCGAAGUGUUCGUGGAUCAUUUCGAAACGGAAUUCUGCCUGAGGCGCAACAAUCUAUGGACUGGUAAUGGUAAUUCAUUGGAGGAGAGCGGUAGCGCAGCUGAAGAAUCACCGAAAAUAUUUCACAAAGCGUUUUUUCGACGGCUUUCAUUCAAGGGACUGCGCAAGGGCAAGAAUUUCUUAUUCUUGCAGACACUAUUUCAUAAAAACUCUGAAGAUUUAGAUGGCAGCAAGCAUAGCAAGACCAAGAUCUCGAAAAUAAUUGUAGAAUGCCGAAAGGAAGGUUACGUCUAUAAUUUGACGCCCGAAAGUUUAGAUCAGCCGACGGGUACACAAAAAUGGGAAAAAUGUCGGCUUGCUUUGGUCAAAGCCGUCGGCGGUUACAUGCUGGAGUUCUAUACACCGCCUAAAGCUACAAAGCCACGCAGCGGCGUAUUUUGCUUUUUAAUAUCGGAAGCACGAGAAACUACGGCACUAGAGAUGCCCGAUCGUGAAAAUACCUUUGUACUAAAAGCCGAUAAUAAUAUGGAAUAUGUUAUUGAGGCAGAGAGUGCUGACGAAAUGCGCAGCUGGUUGGCUACUAUACGCUACUGCAUGCGUACGCCGCCAACACAGCAAUUGCCCUUAGAAUCUGCUGAUGCAUUGGUUACUGGAAGUGGUAGUGUAGGCGGUAUAAUGGGUGGAAUUUCAGCAACAACUUCGAUGGCCAUGAGCCCGAGUGGCAAUUUGACCUCAACAGAUGCCAGUGCUAAUCGAAGUGGUGGUGGUGCUGCCGUCGGUAGCGGGGUCAACGCUGUGCAUAAUCCUCAAUAUCACCAAUCAAGCGGACUAGGCUCAAACGGUAAUGUCGGUCCUAGCAGUUCUCUGUCGGAUAAUGCACUUGCUACCGUUAAUGCUGCGGGUGUGAGUGCUUCAGCGGCUGCAAGCGGUGAUGCUAAUGCGCUGGAAAGUAUACCGGAUAUACCACCUCGGCGUGGCGAACAACGUCUUUCAGCAUCGAGUAAUUUCGAAGCAGAAUGUGAAAACGAAAUUGAUAUAAAUGUAGCAGAUCUGACAAAUGAAAUGCGACAGUAUCCAUGGUUUCAUGGUACACUCCCACGCUCGGAAGCGGCGCGUAUGGUAUUACACUCUGAAGCGGCGGGACAUGGUUUCUUUUUGGUGCGACAAAGUGAAACGCGCAAGGGCGAAUUCGUGCUCACAUUUAACUUUCAAGGACGAGCAAAGCACUUGCGCAUGACUUUGUCGGAGAAGGGCCAAUGUCGGGUGCAACACUUAUGGUUCCCCUCUAUACAGGAGAUGCUCGAGCACUUCCGGCACAAUCCUAUACCAUUAGAGUCGGGCGGCACCUCUGAUGUGACACUAACCGAGUGGGUGCACAAUCAGGGCACAUCAUGCAGCGGUACAAACGAUGUUAGCAGCGCUGAAAUAAACGGUGGGCAUCAUCCUCAUCAUCAACAACAACAACAGCAACAGCAUCCAUCGCCGAGACAUCCGCAGCAAAUAAUCACAAUGAACAUGAGUGUACGCCUAAAAUCCUGCGAAAUUGAGUUACCGUUCCUACAACAAACGCAACAACAACAGCAGCAACAGCAGGCGGCACAUUCACAUCAGCAUUAUCAGCCGCAGCAGCUGCAGCAACAACAACAACAAUUGCAACAAAAUACCCAACAAUUACGCGCAUCAACAAUUUCACUACAAUCUCAGAACCUACACUACAGCGGCACUGGCGUGGCUAGCAUAAGCGACUUGAAUGCAAAUGAAAUGGGCGCACGCGCCGUCGACAACCAAUACAGUUUUGUGUAACUCAAUUCCGCUACGAAUAAGGUUUUAUGUUACGUACAUUUGUAGUUAUUUGGCCAAGCCGACAAGUAUGAAAUUAGAUUUACAUGAAUGCAUAUGUAUACAGGAAUACUUAAAAAAUAAUAUGUAAUGGCUGUUAGCUUAAGUCAGCUGAAAAUUUUUUGU